CAGGAGUUCGUUCCCAAGGGAGAACAUGGCGUAGGCUUGACAGAGUGUUGAUUAACUUGGAACUGCUUGCUCUCUUCCAAGAUGUGGAACUUCAUCACCUGGCCAAAACAAAUUCAGACCACAAACCCAUUCUCCUCCACUGUAACGACCAGAUUCCCAAUACUAUCAAACCCUUCAGAUUUCUGAACUCCUGGACCCUUCAUGAGAGCUUCCCCAACACUGUCAAAGAAGCUUGGACAACCUGCCCUACCAUUGGAGGAAGCUGAAGCAAAAGCUAUCCAAAGCCAAAAAGCUUUUGAGGAUGCUCCAAAUGAUGUAAACAGAACUACUGCGCAAAGGGACAAUGCUGCACUUAUUCUUGCAACCAACAUGGAAGUUGAAUAUUGGAAGCAAAAGUCUCAAAUUAGAUGGCUAGAUAAGGGAGACUCUAACACCAAGCUCUUCCAAGCUUUUGCUAAAGGGAAACGGAAGAAGCUUCAAAUUUCUCACAUAAUCGAUGGAAAUGGUAAUGGGCUCCAUAGCAUGGAUGAGAUCAAGCAAGAAGCUAUCAGACAUUUCCAAAACCAAUUCCAAGCUCCAAAAACCCCCAACCCAAAUCUGGAAAGUACUCUCCCCUACAUCUGCUCCCUCGUCUCCACUGAAGACAACCUCAUGCUCACUGCCCUUCCAAGCUUGGCUGCAGUAAACGAAACAGUUUGGGAUUUUGAUCCUAAUAGUGCCAGUGGCCCUGAUGGGUUUAAUGGAAUCUUCUUUCGCACUUGCUGGGAUUUAAUCCAACAGGAUGUCCUCACUGCCUCCCAGGAAUUCUUUCUUGGCCUCCCAAUCCCCAAAGGGUACGACAGUACCAUAAUCACCUUGAUUCCUAAAAAAGAUCCUAAACGACUGGAUGAUUAUAGGCUCAUCUCCCUCUCAACUUUUAUCAGCAAAAUUAAUACUAAACUACUUGCCAACAGGCUUAAGAAGUUGCUCCCCAAAAUCAUCUCACCGGAACAAGGGGCUUUCCAGAAAGGUAAAUCUAUUGACGACCAUAUUCUCCUAGCUCAAGAAGCCAUUCAUGGACUAGAUAGAAAGGUUUUUGGGGGUAAUCUUAUUAUCAAAAUCGAUAUGGAAAAAGCAUUUGACAGUAUGAAUUGGAACUUUCUUGAGGGCAUUCUUAGAGCUUUUGGCUUCUCCCAGGCUGCCAUCAACCUCCUAAUGACAAACCUACGCAACACUCUCAUUAGUAUGCUCAUUAAUGGGGAACCCCAAGGUUUCUCUGCCAUGUCCAGAGGAGUGAAACAAGGCGAUCCCCUCUCUCCACUCCUUUUCAUAAUCUGGUUUGAAGCCUUCUCUAGACUUCUAAACAACUCCAUGGACCGCAAUACUAUCAAACGUUUCAACAUGGGCAUUGUGAAGAUGCCUAGUCACCUUAUCUAUGCAGAUAACUUGAUGGUAUUCACUAAGGGGGACAUCCUCAACCUCCUUAAACUUAACAAUAUUCUUAAAGUAUAUAAGCAGGCAUCAGGGCAGCAGAUUAAUCUUUCAAAUAGCAGGUUCUACACUCCCAAAUCCAUCUCUACGGAUCAACAAGCCAGAAUGGCGAAAGCUCUGUCCAUGAACUGUGGUAGUCUCCCCUUCACCUACUUGGGAGCUACCCUUCGUAGGGGUAUUCUUAAAAAAGUAGACUGCAAUGGUCUUUUAAGCCAUGUCUACAAACACCUCUCCUCUUGGUACAGCCGCACUCUCAAUCAAAUGGGAAGAUUAAUCCUCAUAAAACACGUCCUCUCAUCCAUCCCACUCCAUCUCAUUGCCGUUCAAUCCCUCCCAAGAUCCAUCAUCAGAACUCUACAUUCCCUUAUGGCCAACUUCCUUUGGGGCCAAAAGGAUGGUAGGGCUAAAUACCACAGGAGGAACUAGAAUUUCACAUGCCAAAACAAGAAUGCAGGUGGCCUAGGUAUCAGGGACCUUCUUGACAUUGAGACAACAUACUCUCUCAAACUUUGGUGGAAAGCCCAGCACGAUCAAGGUCUGUGGGCUAAACUUGUUAGAGCAAAGUAUAUGAAGAACGGUAACAUCAAGGAACGCCUCCCAGAUUCCCCAACUUGGAAGAGAAUAUGCAGAGUACACUCUCUUGGUACAACUCAUAUGCAUUGGAACAAUGAACAAACACUUUGGGA